GUUUCCGGAGAUAGUCGGUGUAUCUCGAUUGAAAAAGACACGUAAGACGUAUUUAAUUCAUCGAGGUUUAUUUGACAGUGUACGAAAUCGUUUCAAUUUUAUUUUCGAUGGAGACGGAAAGUCAUGAAGUUAUAUAUGAAAGAGGAGCCACCCAAGACAGUGCAGAAACACAAGAAGAAAAUAAAGCUUUACUCAAAGAAAUCAACCAACUUUGUAAACGGCAGGACAGAAGGAAACCGGAAGUGAUCUUUCUUCUUGGAGGUGCCGGUGUUGGGAAAAGUGCCAUGGUAAACACUCUGGGCAAGGUCAUACGCGGCAAAUACUAUCCUAAAGCUAAAACAGGAAGUGGGAAUGCAAAAUCGAAAACACUCACACUCCAGUGGUAUGCACACUGUGGCGUUGAAGACUUCGAACUACAACCUGGUGUGUUGGUAAACUUUUCUGUGUUGCCAAAUGUCCUAGAUGCGCCUGGAAAUGACAAUCCAAAUGCAAAUGAAUUGCGUGAAAUAUUGGAGAUGGUGUUUGAAGGUUGUAUCCCUGUAGGGACAUCAUUUGACUAUCUUCGAGCUGCACUAAAAAGAGUCAAAGCAAGUGGUUCGGAGCUUUCAUUUACUAGUAGCGAGGAGUUGAAAGUGACAAAAGUCGUAUUUGUCGUAAGCUGUACAAAGGAUUUUCCGAUGCAGAUGGUUGAAUGUCUCAAUGAAGUUCUCAAUUCUUAUGACGAUAAGACGGGGCGUCAAAAAUAUAAUAUCGACGUAUUGGUGGUCAUAACAAAGUACGAUUUAGUGGAUGGACAGGAAAGAUUUCGUACAGAUCGCCGACAGGAGCAAAUUACAAAGGAGGAAUAUCUGGAAUUUAAAAACAAGGUGGCAAAGAAUUUUAGCAUUGAAGGUGCAAUGCAGGACAACUGCAUCGAAUGGGUGAGCUACGUUGACGGUUAUAGCGAAGACAACCCAUUUAUUGACAACAUCGCUCUGAAGUUCUUGAGGCAAAUUAUGCGACCUGACCGAAGUAAACAUAAGAUGGAAAACGACCCAUCUUCCAUUGCUGUCCCUUCACGUCAUGAAGUUGAACAAAGGCAAAUGUCCGGCAAGGAACUUACGGAAGACAACCAUUUAUAUAAACAAUAUAUCCUCAUCGGCCUAGUUUUUGCAUGUGCACUCAUUGCGGGUACUUACAAGUUAGUAAGCAAGCCAGCAAGCAAGUAAAUAAUGUAAAGAAACACCAUGCGAGACAUCGCUGCGCGUAAAGCAAUCUUUAUACAGAAUAGAAAGUCAUUUACAAGCAUCAACUAUUAUAUCUGUUGACUGUUGGCUAAUUAAAACCUAUUCCAACUUUCAUUAAGUAUAUGAACAGACACAUAUAUGUUCUGAUGCAAUUAAAUGGCUUUUGUUUAAGUAUGAAUAUA